CCCAAUCACCGCGGCAGCUGGCCGACGAGGGCGGGGAGCCGCCCGGCCAGAGGGUUUAAAGGGCGCCUCCGCAGGGGUUCACUCAGCUGGAGCGGCCGAGCGGUGCCAGGCCAGGUGUGCGCGUCCGUCGGUCCUUCGCGCCCGCGUCGGAGACCCGCUCCGGAGGCCGCCCGGGCCGUCCCUGUGCCCGGCACCAUGAAGCAGGACCCCGCGGCCCAGAACACCCCGCCCUCCUCGCCGUCCGCCUUACAGUCCGCGCAGCCCCCUGGGGAGGACAGCGACCCCCAAGCGCUGUGGAUUUUCGGGUACGGCUCCCUGGUGUGGAGGCCCGACUUCGCCUACAGCGCCAGCCGCGUGGGCUUCGUGCGGGGCUACAGCCGGCGUUUCUGGCAGGGAGACACCUUCCAUCGGGGCAGCGACAAGAUGCCUGGCCGUGUGGUGACCCUUCUAGAAGAUCGUGAGGGCUGCACUUGGGGUGUGGCAUACCAGGUUCGAGGAGAGCAGGUGAACGAGGCCUUGAAGUACCUCAAUGUGCGGGAGGCCGUGCUUGGCGGCUAUGACACCAAGGAAGUGACCUUCUACCCUCAGGAUGCACCUGAGCAGCCGCUCAAGGCAUUGGCCUAUGUGGCCACCCCACAGAACCCUGGCUACCUGGGCCCCGCUCCAGAGGAGGCCAUCGCUACCCAGAUCCUGGCCUGUCGGGGCUUCUCUGGCCACAACCUCGAGUAUUUGCUGCGACUCGCUGACUUCAUGCAGCUCUGUGGGCCUCAGGCGCAGGAUGAGCAUCUGGAAGCCAUUGUGGACGCUGUGGGCUCCAUGUUGCCCUGUUUCUGCCCCAUCGAACAGGCUCUGGCACUGGUCUGAGGGGCAGAGCCCCUGCAGGGAGUGCACAUGCAGACCUGGGGGCAGAUGCCCAGCCCAGUGCCUGUAUCAGAGGACACAGCAGGCAGCUGGGGGCUCCUCUGCCUAAGCCCCUAAGCCCUGCCUGUCUGCCAGCCUGCAGCUCCCCUGCGUGCUGCUGACUUCUACUUGAAACUUGAUUUAUUGCACCAUGUUGGUGUGGUGGGCAGGGUGGGGGGCCUGCCCUGGAAAUAGGCCCUGCUGUGCGGUGGCCCAGCCCGGACCCCUGGUGCCUGACCAGAUCCCCCCAGUGCUGCUGCUAACCCCACAUCACCCAGACCGCCAGCUCUCCAGGGGCCUCUAUGCACCUUCAUCCUCUGUCCACCCAGGCUAACCAUUCCCCAGCCCUGAGAGAGCUCCUCCUGCUGUGUGAAGGGCAGGAGCAAGGAGGGACCCCACGAAGGCUGAGGCCUGCUUAUGUCGUGGGAGCCCAGGGCAGAGAUGGAUCUGAUGCCUGCACACUCUGAGAGUCAAGCCUGGGCUUCGUACCUUUGUGGCUUUGUUUCCCUGUCUCUCUGUCUGUCUGCUUGUCUGGGCUACUCCUGUGUAUCUCUUGUUCUGUUGCUGGGAAGCUCAUCACUACAGGCCCUGGCGCCUUCCCAGUCUAUUCCAUGCGUUUACCCAUAAACUGAUCUCAUCAUCUGU